AAUGCCCUCGGCAGCAGCAGAGCCCGAGAGGCCGGAGCCAAGAAAGGAGCAGAGGAACAGAGCCCCGCGUGUGGGCGCGCCGGCUGACGGAGGGAUGAGGCGGCGCGGGGCGCGACAGCGGACGGAGGGAUGCAGCCGUCUUCCUCGCGCCGGGGGGAGCUGCGGUUCGGGGAUCUCUGGGAAAUCAGCGAGCGCGCCACCUGAAGAUCUCCAUGGCUAGCGCCGCGGAGCUCGGGUACACUGCCCCCUGUGAAUUCGAGUUCGAGUUCAUUUCCAGUUCAGCCGGCGACUGGCGACAGCUGGUAAUCCGAUUCCGGCAAGAACCAGGAGCUCUCCGAUGAAUAAAAGCGCUUGCGGUGGGGGCAGCGGCUCCAACUCGAUUCGCUCGCCUCCCUCCCCGAUCCCCAGAUCCAAUCCAGGACACGCCAUCGAUGGCGGCGAAGGUGCUCCAGCUCCGUAGCUCCGACGGCAAGGUGCUCGUCGCUCCGGCGUGGGACUAUCGCCCGGCCGCCGCCCAAGCCCUCCCGCUAGAGACGCGGGUGUCCUCGCGCGCCCUCGAGAGGGUGCUCCAGUACUGGACCAAGCACAGCCUUGCCAAGGCCACCGGUGAGUCCCGGGAGUCCCUGGCCCGCUGGGACGCCGACUUCCAGCGCCGCCUCGAGGAAGACGGCCUCGCCAAGGAGGCCGCCGCAGCCGCCCAAGAACUCCGCCGCUACGGCGUCGACCAUGGAGGGCGUCCCCAUCACCACGCCGCCACGGCCGCAUCUGAUGUCGCUGCUCCUGCCAAGGCGGCCCGUGUUGAUCCCGUCCGUGUCUGGUGUGUCAACCACGGAGAACGCAGCCAUGCGCCGGCGAUGCCCGGCUCCUUCGAUGCCUCUGAUACUGCCACCACCUUGCCGGCCGCUGCUGGUGCUGACCCCGGGGACGUCCGGUGCGCGAUCCGUGCCCGUGGGCGCCAGAUGGCUGAAGACGAGGAGUCCGCUUGCCACCACCGCAAGCGCCCGGCUUCCAAGGCUCCACUCUGCCUGCCUGCCACUGCUGCUGCGCCUGUGAAGAAGGUCUCUCGUCAGGUCGCUUCCAAGGCUUGCUCUAUCGUCGGCUCUACACCACUGCCUGCCACUGCUGCUGCGCCCAGUGUGCAACCGAAGCCGCAGAUCAGCAUGCGCGAACUGAUCGUGAACGCUCGCCUCACCAUGGCUCGCCUCGACAAGGCUCGCUCU